GAAGAAGAAGAAAAAGUUUCUCCCGUUUUCUUUCUGUGCAGAUGUCGACACAGGGAAGUAAGUACCGUUUGCCUGCCUAGACUUUAGUUCUGUGAUUUCCAGGCAUGUAUUCAUGCAUAAAAAUCGCAUUGCGUUUCACUUGUAUUUAUUUGGAAUAGGGACACAUUAUUAACUCCAAGUUUAAUGGGAAGAUUGUGUCUAUUUGUGACUUGUCCGAAAUUAAAAGCACAUCACACCACAGUCUUGACUCACGUUGUCAUUUCAAAUAUACAACGCGGAGACCAAAACCAACGGUCACACUUGGAACUACUCACGUCUACGUGGACCACGUGACCAUCCGCGGCACAACAACUGUAGCUCGACAUUCCGAACUUGUGCGCUGAGCCAAACGCCGUCUUCUCUAAAACAAUGGCUGAACGUCUGGAGGACCAUCUUCAAUGUCCCACCUGUCUGGAAGUCUUCAAAGAUCCUGUCAUGCUGCUGCCGUGCAGUCACAACUUCUGCCGUGCGUGUCUGCAGCAGUGGAAGGACAAAGGAGGACAUUUGUGUCCACUCUGUAGGACAGAGUUUAGUUCGAUGGAUCCGCCUUCAAACUUGGCACUGAGGAAUAUGUGUGAGAACCUUUCACUUGCCUCGUUCAAGUCAGAGGACAUGUGCAGUUUGCACGAAGAGAAACUUAAACUCUUCUGUUUGGACCACCGGGAGCUUGUGUGCCUCAUCUGCAGAGAUGCAGAAAUCCACGUUGGCCACAAGAUCAGGCCCCUCGAAGAAGUUGUGGAAGCGCAUCGUGAGAAACUCCAGAAAGGCCUGCAGAAAGCCAAGGAAAGACUCCAAGAUUACAACGACUGUCGAGAGAACUGUAAUGAACAGGCAGAGUACAUCAAAUUCCAGAGGGAGCAGGUCGAACGCAAGAUUAAGAAGGAUUUUGAGGAGCUCCGUCGCUUUCUCGAUGUCGAGGAGGAGACCAGGUUGGCUGCGGUCAGGGAGGAAGAGAAGAAGAAGAGUCAAACGAUGAAGGGGAAGAUGGCGGCUCUCGGCGAACAAACGGCCGCUCUCUCGGAUGUCAUCAGAAGCACUGAGGAGCAACUCCCGUCUGGCAACGUUUCUUUCCUGAAGAAGUUCAAUAUUGCAAUGAGCAGGAUCCAAGAGCUUCCCAAUAAACCAGAGCUGAUCAGUGGAGGUCUGCUGGACGAAGCCAAACACGUAGGCAACCUCAAGUUCAAGGUGUGGGAGCAGAUGAAGGAGACGAUCGCCUAUAGUCCAGUCAUUCUGGACCCCAACACGGCAUGUCCAGGAAUCAGUCUGUCCGAAGAUCUGAGCAGUCUGAGUUGGGAAGAAGCACAGCAGCAGCGUCCAAAGAAUCCAGAGAGGUUCCAGACGUGGCGGUCUGUGCUGGGUGCUGCUUUGGACCGGGGAAGACAUGUGUGGGACGUUGAGGUGGGAGACAACAAUGACUGGGCAGUGGGGGUCAUAGGUGGGGACCCUUGUUCGUCAGAUCCUAUGCCUGAUUGUUACAUUGAAAUUAAGGAUGGUAAAUACAACGCGCCCCUUGACUUGCAUGGACGUCAGAAGCCGCCUGUCAAAGUGCAGAGGAUCCGAGUUGAAGUGGACAUGAAUAAAAGGUCAUUGUACUUCUCUGAACCUCUCAAGAACACCCUAUUGUGGAACCCUCGGAAUAACCCUUCCUAUUGUCCAUACUGGUCCAGUCACACCAAAUUGUAUCCUUUCUUUCACAUAACACGUAAAAGUCCUCUAAAAAUAAUCCCCAUUCCACCUGGUGUUACGACUGCCAUCCGUUAGCGGUCAUGUUGUCACGGCUUGUUUUUUUUCUUUCUGCUUUUCAAUGUCAUCUAAAUCAUUUUCUUUUUCCACACAAUUUACUCUCACUUAUUGUUAUUCACCAGGUCAUGUGGUAAGACUAACUUUUAAUUCCAUGUGAGUAAUAUGUAACAUUAACUUGUACUCCCGUUUUGGCCCGAAUAUAAGAUGUUUUUUUUUGCAUUGAAAUAAGACUGAAAAAGAGGGGGUCGUCUAAUAUUCGCGGUCUAGACAUUAUACCCAUUCACGACACUAGAUGGCGCCAGAUAUCAUUAAAGCAAUGUUCUGUCAUGACAGAUCUCAGCUACUAGUUUAACCAGUUUGCAUUAUUUUAUUGUAAUGUUUUUCCUUAUUCAGAUUUGUUUCAAGACUACAGUUACAGUUAGACUUUGAUGGUUAAUGCAGUUAUUGCAAUUUUGUUGUUUUAUCACAAUAGAUUGGUUUAUUUACAUUUCAAAAACUACAAGCCAUUCAUUUACGAAUGUGAUUGCACUUUAGUUUACGUAUUUAAAUUAGGGCUGUCAAAAUUAUGUCGUUAAUUGGCGUUAAUUUUUUUAAUUAAUCACAUUAAAAUAUUUGACGCAAUUAACGCACAUGCCGCGCAGACAGAUUUAAAUGACAGUACAGUGAAAUGCUCACUUGCGUUUUAUGGAGUUUUGCCGCCCUCUGCUGGCGCUUGGGUGCGACUGAUUUUAUAGGCUUCAGCACCCAUGAGCAUUGUGUAAGUAAUUAUUGACAUCAACAAUGGCGGGCUACAAGGUUUUUUUUUUUGUAUUGAAAAUUUUACAAAUUUUACUAAGACGAAAACAUUAAGAGGGGUUUUAAUACAAAAUUUCUAUAACUUGUACUAACAUUUUUCUUCUAAGAACUACAAGUCUUUCUAUCCAUUGAUCGCUUUAACAGAAUGUUAAAUGUUAAUGCCAUCUUGCUGAUUUAUUGUUAUAAUAAACAAAUACAGUCCUUAUGUACCGUAUGUUGAAUGUAUAUAUCCAUCUUGUGUCUUAUCUUUCCAUUCCAACAAUAAUUUACAGUAAAAUGUGGCAUAUUUUAUAGAUGGUUUGAAUUGCGAUUAAUUACAAUUAAUUAAUUUUUAAGCUGUAAUUAACUCGAUUAAAAAAAUUUAAUCGUUUGACAGCCCUAAUUUAAAUGUUCAGAUAUUAAGAUUGGAAUGAGGCAAAAUAACAUGCUUUUUCUCUCAAAUAUAUUGCUAUAAUUCGUUUCGGAUGUACUGUAAUUAUUUUCUGUAUAAAAUUCGGUGUUCAAAAAGUAUUUUUUUCAAACUUGAGUCUUGAAAAAGAGGGGGUCGUCUUAUAAUAAGGGCCGUCUUAUAUUCAGGCCAAUACGGUACUUUAAAACUUGUACGACAAUUUUUUUAUUUUUUAUUUUAUAAGUAUAUCGAGUGAUUUUAUUUGAAAUUAAUGCUACUCUUUACUGAAGUACAAUGUUUGACUUCUCGUUUGUUUGAAAAAUAUAUCAGACACAAGUAACUAACUAUUUGAUGUUCUUUUCAACAAAUAAUUUGGAUUGACAUCUUUAACUUGUACUUGAGUAAUCUUAUUUAAUCGUAAUGCUAGUCUUACUCGAGUAGCAUUUUGGGCUCCUCUACUGAUGACAUUAUAUUCAAAAUAAAUGAUUAUCAACACUUGCUUAGUACUUGAGUAUUUUAUUUCACCCAAUACUUUUUGACUUGUACUUGUUUGCAUACUACUUUGACUUUGAGUAAUACUUAAAGAGUACUGUAUGUCAUGCCAUGGGAAAAUGUUAAUAUUCCAUCAUUUAUCCAUAAACGCAUGCCUUUUGUAUUCAUAUCAUGCCACUUCGUGUAAUUACACACAAGAAAAUGAGAGAAAUUUGGCUCCAUUGUCAAGCUAAAACGACCGGCGCCCGAGAUCUGGC